CGAAUUCUGAAAUUUGGGGAAACCCCAGGAAAUCAUCAUCAAAAUAUCGACAAGGGACCUAUGUGACAGUAAACAAAGGAAAUUGAAAGCGGUGGAUGGGAUGUCCUAUCUCUGAAAGAUAUAUUGUGUGGACCAAAGCGAGACGUACUAGAACCCCAAGAUGUCCAGGUACCAUGGUGUCAGAAGAGUCCAAGGGACUGGCCACCCAAUAUCUGUCAAUGGAAUACUCACUGAUGCCAUGAGGGCAGUAAAUGAUGCGCAGCAUGCCGUUGCACAGAUACAGAAAAUCUCCAACAUAGAUCCACACCCCCCUUUUGUCUCUCCUGACAUCCCCCUGGUGAACCCAAGAACUGGGGAGACCAUAGCUGCCUCUGGAGCCUCUGCAGCAGUACCUGUUGCCAGGCAACCAGUGACCAAAGACAACUCAGCAAUUAAAAUGACAGACGGUACUCUAAUCAACAUUGUGAACAGUCAGAAUGUACAGAUCGGCAGCUUCAACAGGAUGUAUGUCCUUCAAGGACGCCAGCCGUAUCAAGAGAUGGAAGCGGAGGACUCAUCCUCCGAAUCUGAUAACUUCGAUGCUGAGGAAGAUCUACAGGAGCAGGUGCGACAACGACGUCUUGCUGAUGAGGAGACAGCCGAAAUACUUAGGGAUUCGCAUCGCCAGGUCUCGGAUGCAGAGCUCCAGCGAUUGUCUCGUCACAUCGGUGGAUCAUGGAGGAGAUUGAUUCGGCUUCUGGGGAUUGAAGAAUCGGAUGUGGACUACAUUUUCCACACCCACCAGAGCGAUGGCCUGGAGGAGGUGAUAUACCAGCUCCUGAAGAAAUGGAAGAUAGAAAACAAUAACCCCACAGUGGGGGAUCUCAUCACAGCGCUGGAGAAAGCCGAGAUGGGUCGGUUAUUGAAACAUCUGAAGCCUUGAAGCUCUUCUCGUUUGUCCCGUAUUUCUUGAAAUAACCACACACUUUUCCUAAGAAGCUAUGAUUUUAUUUUGUCAGUGAUUUGUUUUGUUAGUGUAAAUUUAUUCAAAUUGUUGAAAAGGGGUUUCCCCCUCUGUCUAAGUUUCCUGACAGUGUCAACACAGCUGAUGUGUUUGAAGACCAUUUUAAGUUUGGGGGGUGAGUGCUAAUUUCAGGAAAUAUGGUAUUAGAAAAGUUUAUGAAAUUAAAUGCUUUGGAAGGAAAUAAUCAGAUCUUAUUUCCUGAUGAGAUUACGUUAUUGCAAAGAGAAAGAUUUGAAGCUGUCAUUUUUGUUACCAUGGUGACGUAUGUUUGUGUGGAUCAUGUGAAUGAGUUUGACCAAUGGAAUUAUUUGAUAAGGUUUGAAAUCUUGUUAAAUAUCAAAUAGUUCCAGUGACAAUUAAUGGUAAAGUGCUUUCGUGUUCAGAGAGUGAAAUAAUUUAAAAUAAGGAAAAGAUGUAAAA